UCCUAUAAUAGUAUAAUAUUGUUUAAUUGUUUUGAAUUAAUUGAAUUACUUCCGAAGUUCCGAAUUAAUUUUUUUUUGUACCAUGUAGACAGUUUAAAAUAAUUGAAUUUAAUAAACAUUUUUAAUAAACGCAUAGAAUUAUGGAUUCCAUUGGAAAAUUAGAAAAGGAGCGGCAGAAUUUAGAAGCAUUUAAAGAACAGGUGCAACGUAAUAAUCAAUUAUCAGAUAAAAUGGUCGAUAUCCUAACGUCGUUUGAAAACAGACUUGGUAGACUUCAACAAACUAUACUCCCGAUUUAUAAUGAAAUGGAGAAUCUACAGUUAAAAAAGACAAACAUUGAAAAAACAAUGUUUGCAUUGGACAAAGUAAUAAUGUUCCAUGAUGUGUGUCCAACAGUUGAAUCGAUUAUUUUAGGAAGACCAAAUGGGUCAGAUGGUUUGAAUGAGUACUUGGAUGCUAUGGAAAAACUACGUGAGGCACAAAACUAUUUUGAAAAAAAUAAUCCUCAAAGUGUUGAACUAGAAAAUGUGUCGUCACUGUUUAAGACUGGAGGCGAUAGUAUCCAGAGAGAGUUUAAAGAGAUCCUUUUAAAGCAUAGUAGACAUGUUCAACCAGCAAUUUUGGUUGAUAUUUCCACGAAUGAUGAUGAGUUGGUAGCUGAUGAUUCAUCUUCUGUGAGUUCUAUUAGCCAUUUCUCUGAAAUUGUUUCCUCGGAUCUAAUUCGUUUAGCAGAUUGGUUAAUCAGUCAAUCUCGCGACGAAUACAUGAAUGUGUAUGCUAGAGUAAGGGCUAACACUCUCACCAAAUCGAUGACUACUCUUAAAGAAUACCAGAAAACUGGAAGUGCUGGAAGCACUAAUAUGGCCAUUGGGCAGACUAUGGGUUCACCUUCAGUAAAAUCCAAAUUUCCCCAUAGAUCUGAAGUUACUGUCACUAGAAAAACUUCUAAACGUAUCCAGCAUGUAUUCGAGAAAAAAGCUAAUCGUAUGUUUUUAAAAGCAUCUCAAACAUUAGGACAGUCGACCGGUUUGAAUUUGGGGACCAGGAGACCUACACUUAUAGAAAACCGCGAAGACAUUGUUGAUGAACAAGAAAUGGAAAAUUAUCUUAUUUCUGUAAUUGCUCUGCAAAAACUCAUGCAAGCAGAACUGUCACUAAUGGUUGGUAUAAUACCAAUCAAACAUCAUCAUCAAGUAUUCCAAAUCAUUAUUCAAGAAAGCCUCGCUAAUAUUGUUCACGAAGGAGAGAGCUUAGCUACUAGAGCAAAAAGAUGUAUUCAUAGAAAAGAAUUUGCCAAUUUGUUUGUCAUGUUUCCAAUUUUAAAACAUUUGGCUGCCAUGAAGUCUGAAUUCGAACGUACAAUGGAAGGCUGUGAUCCUACCAUUAGAGGUCAAUAUUCAAUUAUACUCAAUACACUUCACUCCACGGGGGUUAGAACACUGGAAGAAAUAGUUGAAAGUGUGAGGACUGACAAUUCUAUGGGGUUGCCGCGAGAUGGUACAGUUUAUCAAUUAACUAGUGAUGUGCUUGUGUUGAUGGAACAACUUCUUGACUAUAUAGACAGUGUGGGUCCUCUUUUAGCUCAAGUGCCAUUAUAUAACAACAUGGUAUCACAUCAUGUCACUCCACCGGAAAAAUAUAAGUAUCUUUUAGGACUUUAUAUCAAGAAAGUGUUGUCUCAGUUGAACUUGAUGCUUGUGAAUCGUAGUGACUCCUACAGCGAACCAGGUGUGAAAUAUUUGUUUCGUUUGAACAAUUGUCACUAUGUAGUCAAAUCAUUACAAAGGUCAGCCCUGUUGGAUAUAGUUUCUUUGACUGAACCUGAAUGUGAAAAUACCUACGAUGAGAUGAUUGCGUCACAUAAAAAGUCUUAUCAACAAUGUUGGAAUAGAAUACUAGGUUUCAUAGUUAAUUUGGAUGAUGUUCAAGUUGUAAAUGGCAGACUCAAGGAUAAGGACCGUAAUAUAAUCAAAGAGAGAUUUUCUGGUUUUAAUAAAGAAAUUGAAGAAGUACUAAAGCUUCAAAGAGGUUAUACAAUACCUGAUGUUGAAUUACGAGAAGGGUUGAAACGUGAUAACAAGGAAUUUGUUUUACCAAAAUACAGUGCAUUUUAUGACAAAUAUGUACAUUUACAGAUUUUCACAGUCGUCGUUUACCAAAAAUCCAGAAAAAUAUGUCAAGUACACUCCAGCUCAAGUGUCUGCUAUGCUCGAUCGAUUCUUUGAUGUCGCUGCUUAAACCGUCAGUACCCCCCCCCCCCCCCAAUAUAGUAUUAUUUUAAAUACUUGUUUUUUUAUCAUGUUCUAAUCAUUCUUUAUUAUUAUUGUUAUUUAUUUAUUUAGACAUAUUCAUUACAAAUUAAUAACUUUAUUUUUCAAUCUCUACCUUUUUUAUUCGACUGUAACAUCAAGUAAUAAGUAUUAAUCAUACAUUUAUUAAAUGUCUUGAACAAUUUUAUUAUUAUAGAAAUAUCUAAUAGCAGACUGAUCAAAUUGUCGAAAUGUUCAUUUAUAGUGAUACUCUCUAAAGGAUUAAUUUAUUAUAUUUUUUCAAUACUAAUGAAAAUUAUGUACCUUAUCCUAUUAAAUUGUGAUUGUUAUUACUUAUUUAUAUAAUUAAAAUUCAUAUUUUUUUAUAAUAAUUAAAAAUAUUAAUAAUUAUUUUUAUGGAUACCUAACGUGAACAAUAUUUCUAAAAAUGUUUAAUCCAAGAUCCUAUUUUUACAAUAUACAAACUUAAAAAUAAAAUGUACCAAUUUUAUAGAAAAGUGUACAAAGUUGUCCAAAGUGUAAGUAUCUACAUUUUAAAGCAUUGAAAAAUUAUGUUACAUUGCAUUAAAAUCCUAUUUUCUACUCUAUUUCCUUCUUAAAUCAAACAAUAAAAAUAUUCUUUGAAAACAUAUUUCAUUUGGAUGAGAGAUUUGGAUGUAAUUAUCUAUAAUUUAAUUGACAUUUUAAGCAUUUCAAAUGUAAAACAUUUGUUUUCACUUCAUGUAAAUAAUAAAUAUUAUAUAAUACAAUAAACAAUAUUGUAUUAAUUUGUCAAAUAAAACAUUGUUAUAUAAUUAUUAACAAAUUCAUAAUUUUUUUUAAUAAUAGUUGUAUAUUGUUAAUACUUGUAAUGAAAACAAUUAAAUAAUAAACAUACAAUGAAAUGGGCUCACCAGCACUAUCCGGUGGGACUUAUUUAAUGUGGCUAUAAAGAAGCCGUUAUAUGAACACUAGUGCAAGAUUAGUAACUACCAUCAUUGUUCUAAUUAUUAUGAUUUACAGUUAAAACAAUUCAAUCAGAACUUAUUGUAUAUAAUAUUAAGUUAGAUGUUAAAUUAGUUUUA